AUGCCGCCACGUCAUAGAGCCGUUAAUCCGCCGGCCGUACCAAACGAGGAAAUCAUGGAGGCAAUGUAUGUCACAUUUCAGGGAAUGGCUACUCGAGCAAAUAAUGACCGUCCAGCUGGGGACAGGAAGCAGGGGUAUUUCCUCGAGUUCAUAUGUGGGUCAAUCCCUACAUUCAAUAGUGAGGGUGGACCACAGGAAGCAGAGUAUUUGUUUGAGUCCAUCAUCAAGUACUUGAACACAAUGGGAGUACCCGAAGAGUACUGGGUAGAGUUUGCAGCCUACAAAUUUGAAGGGCAAGCAAGUACUUGGUGGAAGCAGACUAGGAGACUGCAUGAUGUGAGCACCAUGACGUGGGAAUUGUUUGAAGAACUUUUCAAUGAACGGUACUUUCCUCAAAGCUACGGCAAUGAGAAAGCGAUGGAAUUUAUGGGGUUAGAACAAGGAGAUAUGACCAUGAGGGAGUACAAGGCUAAGUUCAAUGACUUAUCCCAUUUUGCACCAACCUUGGUCGAAUCCGAGCACAUGAACUGUUUCAAAUUUGAAAAGGGUCUAAAAAACAAUGUCCAAAAAUCAUUGGCAGCCCUUAGAAUUCACGUUUACCGAGACUUGGUGGCUUUAGCGAUAUCGGUUGAGCAAGAUAACUUGGCCUAUCUCUAA